AUGUCAGAUAGUAUUAAGGUUGCAAUUAGGGUCAGGCCUUUGAUCAAACGCGAAAAGGAUGACAAUCUAACGAUACAAUGGGUGGUUCAAGAAAACACUAUUGCUUCCACGGAUCCGGAGAUGAAAAAGCGCGGUGAUGGAAAAUUUUGCUUUGAUCACAUUUUUGACAUUGAUGCAUCUAAUUCAGAUGUUUUCAAUACUGUUGUGAAGCCUAUUGUGGACGCUGCAGUAAAUGGUAUCAAUGGAACAGUAUUUGCUUAUGGUCAGACAAGCUCUGGUAAGACAUACAGCAUGCUUGGUACGUCGCAAGAACUUGGAAUCAUACCACUUGCGAUCGACUAUAUGUUCAAUGCAAUUUCAAAUGCUGCUGGAAGGGAAUUUUUGUUAAGAGUAUCAUACUUGGAGCUUUACAACGAAAGAGUCAAUGAUUUAUUAAACAAAAGCAAUAUAGACUUGAAGUUGAAAGAUGAUGGCAACGGGCAAGUAAUCGUUCACUGUAAAGAAGAAAUCACAAAUUGUCCAGAAAAUGUCCUAUCUUUAAUGAAGAAAGGAGAUAAAAAUAGAAGAAUUGGAGAGACUAAUAUGAACGAGCGUAGUAGUAGAAGUCACACUAUAUUUAGAAUCACGAUCGAAAGCAGAAAAGUUGAAGGAGAUUCGGAUGGUGCUAUACAAGUAUCACAGUUAAAUCUAGUGGAUCUUGCUGGUUCUGAAAGAGCAGGUCAAACUGGAGCGACUGGAGAAAGAUUUAAAGAAGGUCGCCACAUUAAUAUGUCAUUAUCCACAUUGGGAUUGGUAAUCAUGCAACUAAGCGAAUUCCAGGAUGGCCAGAAGCAUGUUAAUUUUCGCGACAGUAAAUUAACAAGGCUACUACAGAGUUCGCUAGGUGGUAAUGCUAUGACAGCUGUAAUAUGUGCUGUAACUCCCGCUGCAUUGGAAGAAACUCAAUGUACUUUGUCGUUUGCAUGUCGCGCUAAGAGUGUGAAGAAUAAACCACAAAUUAAUGAAGUAAUGUCCGACGCAGCGCUCUUAAAACGAUACGCGAAGCAAUUAUCAAAACUUCAAGCAGAAUUAGAGAAAAUAAAAACUAACGAUCGAGCAGCAGAAGUUGAAGAAAUGGAAUCUAAGUUACAGGAAAAAGAUCGUAUUAACCAGUUGUUGGAAGAAAGAAUACAGUUGUUAAAGACUCGAAUCGUUUCUGGCGAUAGUACAAAUCGAAUGUCAUUUAAAUUUAAAUCUAAACGAAGGCAAACAUGGGGUGGCCCAGAAUUGUUCAGUCAACAUUUACCUGUUUUCAAGGCUACAUCUAGUUUAUCGACUGUAGACGAAGUGUCUUACGAGAUGCCACAUGAAAAGAACUUUCAAUCUGCUGAUAUAAUGAAUCAAACGUUUCAAACAGCUUUCACCGAUUUUGAAUUACAAUUAUUCGAGAGUGAAAGAGAUCGUGAAAGUAGGGACAAUGCUACUGACAGUGACGAAGAACCGUAUGUCACAAAACGUAGACGUUGUGUUACAUUUAGGGAUGAUGUGUUCGCUGCUGAUUCUAAGGACAGCAUUUCUCCAGAAAAAAGUAUUCUUUAUGUAACACCAAAUAAAUGUAACACAGCAACUCAAACAAUGAGUUACCAGGAAUCUCCUUCCACGCCAAAACACGUUUUACGAAAAUGUAUCAAUGAUUUAACAAAGGAGUAUAUAGAACUUCGUCAAUUUACAGCUCUAGAAAAGCAAUUAAUAUUGCAAGAAAAUCAUUGUUGUCCACAUGAAAAAGAGCCAUCAGAAUUGGAAAAAUUGAAGAUCGAUUCUAAAGUAGCAAAUGCUCAAGAAAUGACAGAAAUAACGGAAUUAGAGAAACAAAGUGAACAUGUUACAUCUGAGAAAAACACAUAUGAACAGAUUAUUGCUGAGUUACAAGCUACAUUACAUUGUAUAACGACAGAAUUAGAAUCGAAAAUUAUUUCGGAGCAAGCCGAAAAACAAGAGAUAGUUGAAAAAAAUCUGAAGUUAGAAAAACAAUUAAAUCAGAAAAUAUCUGAAUUAGAAUCAAAAAUAAUAUCGGAACAAAGUGCAAAUCAAGAAGCAACAGGACUAAUUUCUAAAUUAGAAAAAGAAGUUAGGGAUAUCAAUUCGGAGAAGAAAGAACUGGAGGAUAUUAAUAACGAAUUACGCUGCGAACUGAAUAAAAAGACGACGGAGUUAGAACUAAAAAAUGAUAUAAAUGAUGUACAGAAUGUUAUAAAUAUUGCAACCGAGGAUCAAGAUCUGAAACAUCAAAUGCAAAAUCAAUCAGUUUCAUCGUGUUCAAACUUUCUUGAAAGUAUGGAAUUUGAAGAAAGCCAAUUGGCAAAAAGUCUUCAGUUCAAGAAUCUAGAGCUAGAUGAAAUUAAAAGCAGCAUUCAGGACUUCAAACAGGACAUAGAGAAUUUACAAAGCACUAUAUGCUUACUAACAACUGAGAAUAUGGGCAUGGCUACCAAAUUAACCACAGAACAAGAGAAUGCAAAACAGACGGAACUUGAUCUUCAGAAAACAAUUGAUGAACUUUAUGCUCGUAUAAAUGAUGUUACAAUUGAGAAAAUUAAUCUACAGGACAAUUUGGCAACUUUAACCGAUAAACUAGAGACCACGCAUUUCAGAGUACCGGAAACAUAUAGCGAGGAACAACUCCUUGCGACAUAUCGAAAUAAAAUCGACAAAUUAACAAACGAGAAUAUUGAAUUAGCAUCUUCUCUCGCUGAGAAGAAUAAUGAACUUGAAGGCAUUAUGGAAAGCAAGUCGCUUUUGUACAAUCAUGAAUGCAUUUACAAAGAUGAAGUAACUGUUCUCGCGCAAGAGAAUAAAUGUUUACAAUUGGAGAAUGUUGAACUUUCUACUAAUUUAAUAGACAAAACAGAAGAAAUAGAUUCGUUAAGGGAACAAUGUGAUAUACUUGAAAGCAAAAUAGAACAGUUUCAGGCAAUGAAUGAAAACUCUAUCGAGGAAGAUGUAGAUCGUUUAAGAUCACAGAAUAAUAUUUUAAAGGCAGAAAUAACAGAACUGAAAAUGAGGAUGACAAUACUAUCGGAAGAAAAUACAAAAUUUUCCAACAACUUGUUACAGGCAAUGGAGUGUCUUGAUCACUGUCGCAAUGAAAAGUCAUACAAUAGUAUAUUGUGUCCAUCUACAAUAUUCAAUGACAGUACAGAAAAUGAAAGUCUUAUCGAGCAAGAUAUUUUAAAGGAAGAGAAUCGUGAAAUCUUGACAAGUAAAGUUAUAACGUUACAAGAAAAAAUCAAUUACCUGACGCGCUUAAAUAAAAAGCUUAGCGACUUGAAAUUAACUUCAUGCAGUCAAUGUACGCACUUGAGGAAUUUGAGCGAGAGUCGCAGAGCUCUUAAGUUAGAAGUGAAAGUUUUAAAUCACAAACUUGAAGAUUUACAAAGUAAGUUCAAUCAUUCGUGCGUAGAUACCUCCUUGAUGCAGAAGAAUGAAAUUAGCCGAGAAUUAAACUUAAGCGAAUGUGAUGUUACUGCAAAUGUUAGUCAUAUGGACGAAGCGAAUAUAAGCUUUAUCGAGAAGAAUAUUCAGAAUUUGAACGAUGAAUUGCAAACAUUGAAUGUCGACUAUGAUAAAUUAACAGUUUUGUAUAAAGAUAAGUGUAACAAGCUAGAAGAGAUCCAGGUUGAAAAAGUAAAAAUUGCAGACGCACCAAAGCAAAGUGAACACAGAAUAGAGCAAAUUCAGAAUCAUAUUGACCGACUAAAAGACAGCAUACACGAACUAAAGAAGAGUAGUGCGAAUUUCACUAUUACACUAAGUCGAUUUGAAAAUGAAAAAGCAAAUCUUUUAAAUGAAAUAGACACAUUAAGAGCUACUAAUGAGGAGUUACAACAGAAAGUAUCCGAGAAUGAGAGUACCUCAGUAGAGAAGAUACAAAUUCUUGAGAAGGAAUUAUCUAAAGUAAGCAGCGAGACGCAACAAUUUUUAACAAAGGAAAAAGAAUUUGAAGGUCAAAAGUUAUUUUUAGAAGUAGAAUUAGAAGAAUUGAAAUCGAAGGAACAAAAUAAAAAUACUUUAAUCGAUCAAUUAAAUGAGCAUAUAUCCUCUUUGAAAAAUGAAUUAGAUUUAAGUAGGAAUAAUAAAAAUGAGUCUGCUAUAAAUAAAUGCAGAGAGGAAAUAAACCAACAAACAAUAAGGAUCAAGGAAUUGGAAGUAUGUGUAGACAACCUUCAAACGAAUUUAACAAAGCAAGAAUGUUUGUGCAAAGAGUUUCAAGAAAAAGUUUUUUCUGUAGAGAAGUUGUUGGAAGGAAGUGAAGAAGCAAAAUGUAUUCUCACACAGAAAUUACAAGCUGUUGAAACAGAGCUAAUUGAUUCUAAGAGUAACUUAGAAAUCGAAUACAAAAAUAAAUAUGAAUUACAGUCUCAACAGCAUGAAUGUCGUAUUAAAGAAUUUGAAAGCAAUGUUCAAACUCUUAAUGAUACUCUGAAUAAAUAUGUUGAUGAAAAUCUGAAUUUAACGCAAGAACUUACUAAAUUGCGAAAUGUUCAUGGAAACUGUGAUACAAUGAUAUCCGAAAAACUCGCGGAAUCAUUGAACGAUAUUAGAAAAUGUAUGAUGAAAGAAUUAAAAUCGCUCAAAUGUAAUCAAACUAGCGAGGAUCUUUCAAAGAAAUCUGUAGAGGAGAUCUUUAUAAUUUUAUUGCAGACGCUUGUGUUGAAAGAGGAAGAGAUGAUUCAAACUAUGCAAGAAACGUUUGAAAAAGAUAAGCGGAAGCUGGUAGAUGAAAAGAAACAAAGUGCAGAUACAGAGAAACGUGUUACAAUAUGGGCUAAAGAAUUAGAAGCGGAAAUUGAGAAACUCCAAACAGAACUAACGGACCGAGAAUGUGGUCAUAAGGAAUAUCAAAAUAAAAUUCUUCAAUUGGAGCAUCUUCUAACGAUGAGUACUCACGAAAAUGAGGUUCUCAAAGAAAACUUGAAAUCGCUCGAAACAGAUUUUAACAACUUGCAAAUUGAAUUUGAGAAACAACAUAAGGUUGAUAUUCAGCAAGAAGCAAUUCUAAUUGCUCGGAAAAAUGAAAAAGAUGCACAGGAAGCGAUUAAAAACAAAGAAAUAGAAUUAGAAUCGAAGAUAGAAUUUGAGAAAGUAAUGUACGAAAAGAAAAUAAACGAUCUCUUUUAUACCGUAGAAUCCUAUAAAACAAAGAAUUCAGAGUUAAAUAAUAUCAUCAAAGGACUUGAAGAGAAUGAAAAACAAUUAAAGAAUAUUAUAGAAUCAAAUUCCAUGGAGAUAAAGAAGAACGCUGAAAAUAUAGGGAACGUCAAUGCAGAACUUGAACAACUUAGAAAAAUUCACGAUGAAGUAAAUCAGCAAUUGGAGCAAAAAACUUCGUAUAUCGAAGAAAUCACAGUAAUUUUAAAAACUAAGUGUGACGUGUUAUCGGAAUACAAAAUACAGUUUGAAUCUAUCACGUCGAAAUGCGAGAUAUUAACAGAACAAAUCAAAGAGCAAAAAUUUACUAUAGAACAAUAUAAACAAGAAACAAAGGUAUUACAGGAAAAUGGAGAAACGCAAGUAAAACUGAUCAAAGACAAAUUGAACUCUGAAGUAAUAAAAAAUACUGGAUUGAUUAAACAGUUAAAUAAAUUGAAUAGUAACAACACAGUUUUAACAGAAGAGUUGAACCAGUUGAAAGAGAAAUACGAGGAACUUGUACAAGCAAAUGUGAAACUGGAGAGGAAAGUCAGGAACAGCACUAGCAAAAUUAUGGAAGCAGAAUUAGCAGAGUUGAAGAAUACAAAUAAACAACUGCAAAACGAUUUGAUAAAAGCAAGUAAUGGUGCAGGAGAACUUCAGGAUAUUAAAAAUCAGACGUUAAAAGAGUUGAUGGAUUUAAAGAAUAAGUAUGAACUCUUGUUGCAAGAGAAUACUGAGAUUAAGAUGUUGCCUUUGCACGCGUCCAAGUGCAGUAUUUCAAAUUUAUCAACGGAUGAAGAAAAGCACAAUGUGUUUCUGUUAGAAAGAAAUAAAAUUGCAUUGGAAUUAGAAAGUAUGAAAUUAAUGUUAAACCAGAAAGAUGAUGAACUGAAACAGCAUGUGAAUCGGGUACAGGAACUAACAGAGGAGAACAAAGACCUGGACAAGGAGUUGGAUGAAUACGCAGCAAUAAUUCGAGACCGAGACGACGAAAUUUCAAAACUAGAGGAUAAAAUAUAUUCCUAUUUAGCGGAAAAUACGCAUGUGAAUGAGUUAAACGAAAAAAUAAAAGAUCUCAACGAAGUAAACCAGAAACUUCGAGGUCAGAUUGAUGCGUUCGAAAUGAGAUUACAAAUAAAUGUGAAACAGACGAAAGACAUCGAAUUAAGAAAAAGUAAAAAUAUUAUUUGUACAUUAAAAAAAGAAAAUUUGGAAUUGGAGGCAAGAUUAAAUGAUUACAAGAAACAGAUAGAAAGUACAAAAAGACAAUUCGAAACUGUUACCUCUAAUAAAAGUCUUAGUGAAUAUGAGGAGAAGUGUCAACAACUGAUGAAAAAAAUUCACGAAUUAGAAUUACAACUGGUGUUAAAAAAUGGGAAAAUUGCAACGUUGAAAAUUCAGAUUCAAAGUGAAAGCUUUCCGUAUCAAAGAAAGUGCAAGGAAUUGGAAGAACACUUGCUUGCUCUUCGUACUAAAAAUGUAGAGUUAAACUCUGAAAUUCGGAAGCUUCAAAGGACUCUAAAUGAUGUUAAUAUGUGGGAAUGCGAUGUCUGUAGACGAUGGCGUGUUAACAGAAAAGACCAAGCGUGCCAAACAAUUACCAAGAAUACGAUACGUUUUUGCAGCAUUAACAGCGGUAUUGUUGAGGAUCACGUAAAAAUAGAAAAAUUGGAAAAGGAAAAAGCGUUGAUGAAAACUUUAUGCCGUUCUCGAUCUCAACGUAUAAAAGAACUGGAGGCUAGAAUAAAGGAAUUAGUGAUAACUCCAUUUCGAUCACUGGUUCUCUGUGGUGAAAGCAGACGAGAAAUGGAAGAUUGGUUGAACGCGUUGAGAACAGUAGCAGAGAAUCAUCCUCAAACAGAUUCUGGUAUAGCAGAAAUGCUUAGUGGUAAUCACCAAUGGUAUGCAACAAGUCAUGCAAGACCAACAUACUGCAAUGUUUGUAGAGAUGCUCUUUAUGGUGUUACUUCACAUGGUUUGAGUUGUGAAAUAUGUAAAUAUAAGGUCCACAAACGAUGUAGCAUAAAAGCAAUAAAUAAUUGCAAAUGGACUACAUUAGCAUCUAUUGGCAAAGAGAUUAUUGAGGACCAAGAUGGGAACAUUACCAUGCCACAUCAGUGGAUGGAAGGCAACUUACCGGUAUCCUCAAAAUGUUUAGUGUGCGACAAAACUUGCGGUUCUGUACUCAGACUUCAAGACUGGAGAUGUUUAUGGUGUAGAGCUACAGUACACACAGCGUGUAGACCUGCCAUAGGUGUUAAAUGUCCAUUAGGACCAGCUAAAUUGAGCGUAGUUCCUCCUACAGCAUUGCAUAGUAUAGGUAGCGACGAAGCAUGGGAAGCUAUUAGACCUACUGGGUGCAGUCCACUUUUAGUAUUUGUAAAUAGUAAAUCUGGUGACAAUCAAGGUGUUAAAUUUCUUAGAAGAUUUAAACAAUUAUUAAAUCCAGCACAAGUAUUUGAUCUAAUAAAAGGAGGACCAGGGCCAGGGUUACGGUUGUUUCGUCACUUUGAUCCAUUUCGAAUUUUGGUGUGCAGCGGCGAUGGAUCUGUUGGUUGGGUUCUUUCCGAAAUUGAUCGUUUAGGGAUGCAUAAGCAGUGCCAAGUUGGAGUUCUACCUUUGGGAACAGGAAAUGAUCUGGCACGUGUAUUGGGUUGGGGGUCUUCUUGCGACGAUGAUACUCAUUUACCCCAGUUGUUAGAAAAAUAUGAAAAAGCAGGGACAAAAAUGCUCGAUCGAUGGAGCAUUAUGACUUUUGAACGUAGCAUAUCUUUGCCGUGUCAUAAAACUACUUUAAGUCGAUCUGAAACAACUUUAAAGUCCAAUAUUGUCCAUCAAUAUGAGAACAAUGUUAUUACUCACAUAACAAACAUUUUACAGUCAGAUCAAGACAAUGUAGUUUUAUCUAGCAUUAAAACUUUGUGUGACACAGUCAAAGAUUUUGCAACUCAUAUAGUGGAAAAUAUUAAUUCCGAGGACCAACAAGUGGAGGAAAAGUGUAAAAUACUUCAGGAAAAACUUGAUUUGUUGUUACAAACUUUAUGUAGAGAAGAAUGUUACUUACCUGAACAUGUAGAAAAUGCAGAUAUUACAUUAAAUGCUGAAGUUUCUAUCUCACCUGGAAGUUGCGAGAAAGGGGUAUUAGAGAAGCCAGAAAAGGAUAUAACAAAUUUAAAAAGGGUUCAAAGAAAAAGACAUCUUAUGGAAAAGGAAAUUGUAAUGUCAAGAGCAAACAGCUUAAAAAAAAUUAUAAGACAACUUGUGGAAUAUUCACAAUUGGUUAUGGAUGAUCAGAUUAAUGCAGAUACAAAACAUAUUUCUAAAACAUCAAAUACGACUAUUUCACUGGAUGAUGAUAUUACAGUAUUAAAUUCUGUAUCGAGCAAAAAGCAACAAAUGGAUAUUCCUGGUUUAAAAGUGGACCACGUUGAAAAUUUAUCUGUAGGACCAUUUAUAGAAUCCCUGAAAAGUACAGAAGAUUCUAUAUGUACUGCUAGUCCUACUCCUAAUCUGGCAUCUUUAAGUCCAAUGCCUGAUCUUAGAAGAGAUUCUCAACCUGAGGAAUUAUUAACAUUACCUGCUCCUGAUGGUUUUGCUGACACAAGACGAAAUAGUGAAAAUUCGCCACAAGGCUCGUUUAAUUUUCAAGUAAUUACAACUCAGUCCAUGACUAUAUUUAAUCAACAAGAAACAGAAAUUCAUGCAUGUAAUGAUCAACAUAUAUCUGAAUAUAAUAACAUAGAAGCUUCUUCAGAGUUUCAAAUAAGCGUUACGAGAACUAACUUUGAUACAAGUUCGCCUUCGGACGAUGCUACUAUGCAAGAUACUAUUAUUUCUCCUGAUUCAGAUUCAAUUCAAUCUAGACAUUUAUCCCCAGAACAUGAACAAAAAUAUGAAAAUAAAAAUAAAGCGGAUACAUCUAGAGGUAGCUGUAGUAAUAGUAUUGUUAGUACAGAUAGUAUGAUUUCUGAUACUUUGGAUUUUAAGAGUUACGUUAUACGAAAUAGUGAAAGUGAAAUUGCUCGUAUAGGUAGUGAUAUAUUUGAUUCUACAAAAAGAUCCGACAGUUCUGAAAUUGGACAUAUUGAUUCCCCUGAUAAUUCAGACAUGUUUACUAGCGAAGUACAAAAUUCGGAAAGUUUAAUCGACGAUUUAAGCUCUCUUGGGCAAGAUUUAAUUAGUACGAUGAUCGGAGAAAAAUAUGACUCUGUAAGAGAGUGUUUAGAAUCUGAGCAGAUUGAGAAACCACAAAAAUAUUGCAGUUUAGCUCAAUUUGUAGAAGGUAAUGAUAUUGCUAGGCGAUCAUUUAAGAAAGAAGCAAAAAAUUCCAUAGUUAUGGAGAAAGAGAAUAAUAAAAUCAAGUAUAAAUUAGGAUUAUUUGGGCAAAAUAAUACCGAGGUUGUCAAAUCUAAAGAAUCUCCAGAUGGCAAAACAUCUGAUUUAUUGAGUCCUGUAUGUUGUUUCACUGUUUCUUCAGAUAAUACACCAACAAACGAAAAACCUAAUAAUUUUCCACCUACAAUAAGUGUUAUAAUUAAUCCUCCUAGUCCAUCAAUGUCUAUUGAAAGUCAACACGAUUCAGACAUGGGAUAUAAAAUGAGCCCUUACUUAAAACGAUAUAAUGGUGAAAGUAUGGAAAAACUAAGUGUAGAGCUGCCAGAGUCUGGUUUUUCUCCUCAAGCAACUCGUCGAAUUAGCAGUGGAAGUUUAUUAAAAGCAUCAGAAGUAGUCUCUUUAGCUGCUACAGCUGCAAGAUUUGGCGGUUCUAAUGUAAGUUUACGCCAUGAAAGAGUAAAAUCCGUUGACAAAACCGAAGAUGCUAAAAAACUUCCAAUUAUCAAUCCAUUGGUUCAAUUGUCUAUGUGGCCAAAUGUCAGUGGAGGAACAGGUCUCAUUAGUCAAGCAUUACUUGCAAAUGCAGAUGCACUUUGUGCAGCAGUAUCACCAUUAAUGGAUCCUGAUGAAACUUUAAUGGAAGGUUAUUUUGAACGUUGCGUUAUGAACAAUUAUUUUGGAAUUGGUAUUGAUGCAAAAAUCAGUCUUGAUUUUCAUCAUAAGAGAGAAGAACAUCCUGAGAAAUGCCGAUCACGGGCAAAAAAUUAUAUGUGGUAUGGUGUAUUGGGGUCCAAACAGUGGUUACAAAAAACAUACAAAAAUCUUGAACAAAGGGUACAAUUAGAAUGUGACGGUCAGCGGAUACCAUUACCUUCUUUACAAGGGAUUGUUGUAUUGAACAUUCCAAGUUUUAUGGGCGGCACGAACUUUUGGGGAGGUACCAAAGAAGGAGACUUAUUUUUAGCGCCGUCGUUCGACGACCGUAUAUUGGAAGUUGUAGCUGUAUUUGGUUCUGUUCAAAUGGCUGCAUCGCGACUUAUUAAUUUGCAGCAUCAUAGAAUUGCACAGUGUCAAACAGUUCAAAUUAAUAUUUUGGGCGAUGAAGGAGUACCUAUACAAGUCGAUGGUGAAGCUUGGAUCCAACCGCCUGGUAUUAUACGUAUUAUACACAAAAAUCGUAUGCAAAUGCUGUACAGAAAUAGGGCUCUUGAGACAUCUUUAAAAACGUGGGAAGAAAAACAGCGCAAUACCCUCAAUGCAAUAUCGCAAUCAACAUCCACUUUAAGCAAUGCACCAUUACAAUCGCAACCAAAGCCUCACUUAUACGCACAGAGUAAACCAUCGCACUUAAACGACGAAGAAAUGUAUAUUUUGCUGGGAUUUAUUGAAGUAGUUACAACUCUGGUUAAAUGGGUGAAACUACUCAUUAUAUCACAUCCAAGUUUAGAGCCAGAUUUAUAUCAGGUUGCUGCUAGGACAGCCCAGGCACUUGAACAAGUACAUCCAAAUGGAAAAAUAUUACAAGGCAACAAUUUGAGACCAGUUGUAACUGAAUUAGUUUCAAGCGCAAGACAAUUGUACGAAGACUCGUGUGAAUUACUUAGAGAUAAAGCACAUAAUUUAAAUUAUGUGAUGCAGAGAUUGCGAGAAGAUUUAGAAAGUAAGUUAUCAUUCUCUUUAGCCAAUAUGGAACAAGAAUUGAAAAAGUGUACAUUCGAUGAAGGUGGCACGGGAUUAGUAUAUUUACAAAGCUUGCCAUCGGAUGACCAGGGGGACAAGAAGAAUCGCCACAAAGGUUUAUUCUGGUUAAAAUUCCGGCGUUCGGGAGGUAAUUCUGGUGGACAUCCAGCUAGGGAUCAAGUUACUACAUGGGGUGUUCAAGAAGUAUGUUCCUGGUUAGAGAAUCUACAAUUGGGUGAAUACACAGACAAAUUUGUUUCUCACGACAUACGAGGUAGGGAAUUGUUAACACUAGCCCGUAGAGAUCUUAAGGAACUUGGUAUUACUAAAGUAGGACACGUUAAACGAAUCCUACAAGCUAUCAAUGAUCUGAAUAAUUAGGUAUACGACCCUUACUUAAGCAUUUCAAAUUUUAAAAAUAAGUAGUGUGCUAUAACAGUUAAUAGCUAUCUACAAAUUUAUGUUAAUACUGUUGAAUCUACAAAUUGCUGGUAUCAAAAGUAGUAAUUAACUAUAUACAAAUCACUUAUGAAAUAGACAAAGAGUUAAAUCCUUACAUUGCAAUUAAAACUUUUUUGCAAUGAUAAAAAGUCGCAACAUAGAUAUUCCGAUAAAAAAGGGUACUCAGCGUGACACAGCAGCGUUAUAGGAAAAUAAUUUUCUCCACUGUUGUACAUCACAAACUGAUGAUACUUGUGCCAAACUAUUGAAUUACUCUAUGUCGGAAAUCAAAUAAUUAUAAGUAAAUUAGUAUAAAACAUUUGUUUUUUUUUAAAUUACAAGCAUGAUAAACUCGUGCUUAGUAAAGUAUAUUUGAACGAAAUUCACAUCUCAAAAUAUUAUUAGACAUAGCGAACAUAAUUAUCGAUGAUGCAUUUAUCAAACAAAUAAGAUUUGGACAUCAUAAAAGUCUUAUUAAAUUAUAAUUUAAGUUGCUUUUGUGCUUUAUGCACUGUACAAAAAAUUGAAGACUUCAGAAACUAUAUGUUAAUGUAAAUCAUCUAUCGAUUUUAAAGGUAUUAUACCAUUGUUUGCCAUUUUUUUAUAUUUGAUAAAUAUUCCACCAAAAAUUUCAAAAUAUUAUAUUAAGUUGAAUCAUAGCAGUAUUACAAACUAAUCUAGAUAUUAAAUAAUUAAUGUUGAUUAUAUUAUUUAUACAAGUGUACUCUAUUUGCAAUUUACAUUAUUUUACUUUGACUUUAAUUUCUUUUGCAAAACAUAGAUAUGUAUAUGUAUGUGUAUACAAGCAUGAUACAGUUUUAGAAAAUGGAUAUCAUAUCCAUGGUACAGAAAACAACUAUAUUUAUUACAGGGUGUUCGUAAGUGUAAACUUCAUAUAUUAAAAAUUUAACAAGAAGUUUUUACAAGUAAAUUAAUAUUUUACGUCUUCUUGUAAAAAAGAAUUUUUUGUGUUACUCAACCUUGAAAUUACUGAAUCAUAUACAGGGUGUCCCAAUAGAAACAGAUCUUCACUAUCUUAAGUAAUAGUAAGAAGCGUUACUUAGAACAGUUGCAUGAAUUUCAAAGACGUAAUAUGAUGUCAAUAAUUUCUUUACGAGUGAAAACGUAAAUGAGAUUUAAAAGACAAUUCCGUUUCUUUUAUGUUAUGUCCAACUUAUUGUGGUAAAAUUUAAGUUCAUGUAGAAAGAUAGGGUACUAUUUCAUGAACUUAAAAACAUCUAAAACUGUUUAACUUUGCAUUAUGCUAUGUUUCUUAUUCUAUCUCAAAAUCUUUACAACUCAACCUUGUUCGAGUGGGACACACUGUAUGUUAAUAAUCCAUAUAUCGUAUUCUAUAGAUUAAUUAUUCUUGUCUUUAUAUUAACUAUAUUAUAUAAAAUAUAUGUACACAUACACAUACAUAAGCACAUAUGCACUUUCAAGAAAAAUCUUAUACGUACUUAUAAAUGGCACACUGUGUAUAUGUAAAUGUCCUACAACUUUUUUAUGCUCGUUAAUUAAAAUGUUUAAUCAUAUUUAUCUUCCAAGAAAAAUUGAAAAGUACUCAAAGACAUGUUUUCAACAUUAAGUAAUUAAAAAAAUAGUGAGACUUAAUUAAUACGAUCUUAUGUAACAAUUGUAUAAAACGUACCGACAGAGUCGAUAAUAAUAAUAACAAUAAUAAUAAUAAUAAUAAUAAUAAUAAUAAUAAUAAUAAUAAACACGUGUAUAAAUAAAUCGCCAAUGGCAAUAAAAGUAUCACGUACAAAUUUAAUGAGAAAAAAAAAGAGGAAGCAAAUUUCUAAAAAUGUAUCGUAAUUUCCAUGUUGUACUUGCUGAAAAGUACCCCCUCGCGAAACAGAGGUUCUUCGAUAUAACUCGCGGUUAAAUUGAACAUCACAGAUACAAGAUUAUCUUAAAUAGCAUGUUUAUUGAGUAAGAUUUAAAUUAACUCGGUUUACUAUAAUCUUUUCUAGCAAAGUUUCUGAAACUAAUAGAAGCAAGAUUACUACUAUUAUUGUUACUACUACAGAUUGUUUAGCAUUAGAUUAAUUCUGGUAUAGGGACCCCAGGAGCUCUAUAAGAAAGCUUUUUCCGAUACUGAGGACAAACUGCAAAUUCUCUCAAGGAGUAGUGAUAUACAAAUCAGUGUUCCUCCUCCUUGAAAAUCCUGGAUGGCAAUAUAUCUCUGUGAAGGGGUAACUGCUUCUCCCUCUCCCAGGGACAAGCAGUCUCUGGUGCCUAUUAUGAACUUUGGGAUCCUCUGUCCUCUACCUCAAUAGAGGAUCAGGAAAUUCGACCAAGGUGCCAUCUAAAUAAUACUUGAGUGUGAUCUUCUUGAUCCAAAUAACACUGGAAGUUCUAUUCAAUGUUUUCAACCCAGAGCAAUAAAAAAAGAGAGCUCCUCAGAGUGAAAAGGCUCAAUGUCGCCUAGAUCCAUCCCCUUCAUUAAAUGACGAAAUUUGAAAUAGCCAACAGAUGUAGUCAAUCUUCAAGUAGUUAACAUUGUAGCUUUUUUCUGAGCUUCCAUAAAGUUAACGUAGCAGCUAGUCCUGAUCUUUUCGUUCUAUUAUAUUAACUCUUCGUUUUCUAAUUCCUCAGUGUCUAUCUUCCAGAUCAUGAACUUUUCAGUGACUAUAGUCCCAUUCUGGAAAUGCAGCCUACAUGACAGGGGAGAAGGUAUCAGAGACAAAUCGAGAGAAAGUAAGUUAAAUAUCUGGGGUUCUGGGAGUCAUGGCAUCAGACAGAGAGAGUAGUAACGAUAAAAUCACCUGUAGGUAAAUUUACCUGGAUCAGUGAGGUACACUUCACCGGUAAGGUGUGUCAAGAGGUAUUGUAAUUGUUCGAUUUUAGACAAUACUUUAUCUCGAAGUACAAGAGUAUCGAAUAGCUCUUUAAAUCAACCCCAAUCGAUACACGUGCCAGAAAAGAUAGGAAGAUCGAUUUGCGGCAAAAUUUUGUGCAACAUGGUCUCAACGUCUGUUGCCGGUAGUUAGUUUGACAUAGUGACCUCUUGCUGUUUAAAUUUCUCAAACUCUUUGCCGAACAAAGCUCUUUGUUCAAGAUAUUCUUCUUCUUCUAUUGCAAAAAUAGUUUGACAGCCUGCCGGUUUAAAGAACGGCCUUUGUCAUUUUAGUGAUUCCCAAUUUCUUCAAAUUGAUAUAAGCCCUUGAGAUUUUCUGCUUCAGACUCUGCUGCCUCUUGAGGAGAGAUUCAGAAGAAAGAGUAUAAGCGCGACUUGGAUAAGGAAAGAAAGCAAUAGCACAAAAUGAGCUGUUCGGGUUGUUCGCACUGAGAGCACAUGGAAAGGACAGAUGACAUGGAUAGGAAUAAGACAAAUACAAUUAGGUAACACAUUUAGGCAAUGUGAAGUAGGCCAAGGCUGCUCUGAAUAGGCGUAGUUAUCAGGAACAAUUAGAAUCGAUUGGCUGCUCAAUGGUCUGAAGAGUUGUAUUUAUUAUUCUAUUUGGCUACUCGCUGUUUGAUCUCUUGUCUCUUCAUACAAACCGACAGAUACACUCUUCUUGUCUUCCAUCAGCGGGACAAGCUGAUUUAACGAAAAAGUAGGAAUAAUAUCUGACGCGAUUCACAGUUGAGAAAGUGAUUUUGAAUGGCCAAUACAGUUUAAUACUAGUUAAUGCCAAUAAUUCACGAGAUAAUCGGUUACUUGAAAGUCUAGAACUACCUUGUAAUAUCGAACAUGACCUGAAAAGACAGGUUGAAGUCGAAUAUGGGUACUGAUAACAUUAGAUUAUAUUACUUGAUACUUUUAUACACAAACUAAUGAAAUAAAUCCAUUUGUUGCAUAAGAAGUGUAUGGGUAUAAUUAAAAAUUAAAAACAAAUGCAAAAUACUUUGUUAUAUAAGUGUAAAGACAUCUGAACAAAAACAGUUGAUAAUUUAAAUUUAUAGCAUCUUAUAAUUAUACAAUAUAUCUUGGACAGUUCUGGUAUUCGACUUACCCUGAUUAACUUAGGACAUAUUCUAUAUUACAGCUUAGCACGAUGUUUUCAAAUACUUUGGUAGUUUAGUACCUGGUUUAAAUUAAUAAUUCCUGUAAACUUUAAACCUUCGCAUUAUACCUUCCAUGCAAGAAAAACAAUCGUUAUCUUUCAAAGAUUUUCUAUCAGUACUGCCUAUGAGGUUCAGCGCCUCGCUAUAAAAGUACCUGCUUUUGGCUGUAUGCCCCCUCCUCUCAAUCACACU